AUGGCCCUCGUGCCCUCCGCCUCUGCAUUCUCUUUGCCGCUUCCGUUAUGGCAACAGAACCCUAGUCUACGGGUAACCAAAUACGAGUCCAGGAAACGCAAGAAGCAGUAUGAUACUGGGGAAGACACUGACCACAAUGACGGCGGUGAAACAACUGAUGCUGCAUCUGAGAAAGCGCCAAUCUCGCAAUCUCUUCUUUUAUCGUCAGAGGAAGCUCAUCAAUAUCGCACAGCUGGUCUUUCUUUUGAUGAGGAAUUACCUGGGGGAAGCUUUCCGCAUGGCGCGGCCGAAGAAAGGGUCCGCCAGGUGAAUACACGCGGUGCAAUCCUGCGUCAACUUUCAUCUUUGACGCCUCCUCUUUAUGCUCCUCAAUCGGCAGCACAUCAAGGCAACCUUCGGUUUCAUCAUCUUGCGGUGCUCACGGCCGUUAUGCAUCGAUGCCUUCUAGAUGGGGACUACAUCCGAGCAGGAAGGGCAUGGGGCUUGAUUAUUCGCGAGCAAUUCGGGGGACAUCCGAUUGACGUGCGUACUGAAGAUCGAUGGGGCAUUGGCGCGGAAAUUCUACUUCGACAGGAUCGCCAGAAGUGCAAAACUGCGACCGACACUUCUCAGAGCACGGGGCGGGUUUCUAAGCUACAUUUUACUCGAAAGGGGUUCGAGGAUGCUAGGGAGUACUAUGAAAUGCUCAUAAUCCAGCAUCCAUACCAGAAGACAGCCCCUAACGUUACAAGCGCCUUACACUUUUACCCAGCCAUGUUCGGACUUUGGAUAUAUGUUACCCAAGAAGAGAGUAUUGCGGCACGGAAUUCACUCGAUGAUCAACGUGAGAGCUCAAUCGAAGAGCCUUGCGAGGAUGAAGAUCCUGGGUCGGAGCUUGAUGGCCAUGGUAACUCAGGACAGCGACACCAGGCUCUUGUCGCUGGUGUCAGAGCCAAGGAACUUGAGCAAGCCCAAAAAAUCUCCGCCAGGAUGGAUGAGAUGAUUGUUUCGCCUCCAUAUUCAGAUAGCCCGGAGUUACUGGAACUCCGGGGAAUGGUAUCACUCUGGAUUGCUGACCUAUUUGUGUCCAGUGUACCUGGUGGUAAAAGUGACGAUUACAAACGCGAUGAUGACGAAAAUUAUGAUAACGAAGAUAAUGAUCUUUUUAUGUCUUCAGAAGAAUUCCCUAGUUCUGUGUUCGAACGACGAGAACGGAGACUGGCGAUGGAGAGAAGGGAGGCUGAGAUUGAGAAGUCGAAAGAGUUUAUGGGUAAAGCCCAGCAGCGUAAGCUGGGAGUAGCUUCUAGGCUGCAAGACUUGCAUAUAGACGAUCUCUCUCUCGGUCGACUAAACAUGGGCGUCGGGGACUAUGUGCAUUCCAAAGAAGCUCGCCAGCAUGAUCCCCAACCAACUAAGGCAGUGCCAAAUCAGUCAAGACAAGCUCUAGCAGACCAAGCCAGAGUUGAAGUUCCCACGGCAGCUUUGAUAGCCCCUGUGCCGAUUCAACCCCACCGACAGGCGCCGCUAGAUCGAUACGGCUCGCCUUUUCAUGAGCAGCUGAAUGUUCCAGCUGAACAGCCUGUAUACAGGGAUGUUUUCGACACUGAUGUAGAGGGCAUUGAUGACUCGACUGUCGCUGGGACAAGUGUCUAUGGCAUCGAUGAUAUUCCAUACAGAUUGUCACCCGCCAUAACCGCCCAGCCUCAACACAUCGAGCAUCCCCCGCAACCUUCACCAUCACCACCACACCAAUUCCGACCAGUGCGCCGUCCUCACGACUCUAAAUGGUAUGAGGGUCUUGGCGAUAGGGCCAUGAAAUCAGCUGGCUUUGCUUUGGAUGACAUCGACAGUGUAAGCCAGCUUACCUCAACCGCAGGUGAUGAUGAACAAUCAAACGAUACAGACGAUCAGCGCUUCGCGCCUAGGUACAGAGCCACAGAGGAGCCUAUGAGCAGACGACUCCAGAAUUUCUGGAGCGCGAGUCGCAGAAGCUAUUCCAACCACGACAGUUUUAUGCCCAGCGAACCGUCCAAGAAUCCAUCCUUCAUUCCAGUUGCUUCUACCUCAAAGCCAUUACCCACUAGUGCGAGGAAAGUAACUCUCACUCGCAGCAUGACUACAACGCCAAGGACUAGGUUUAGUCCUCCCAAACCAUCUCUUCUCGACCAGCUAGACUUAACGCCUACCCGACACAGCUCCGGUAGUCGAUCCCAGCCUAGUAAAGACGCCGAGAAGAGUGACACUGAUCUCCAGGAUCCCGACGAAGGCUUAGGAUUAUUCGCGGACGACCAUGCCCGCUCAAGCAGUUUCCAGUCCCUCAAUGUCUUCGAUAUGACGAACCUGGAUGAUCUAGAUGACGAUCCGAUUAACGACCCAUUCGCAAGACGUAACUCUGUUGUCAGACGAACGGCUCCAGAACCUACAGAAACAACAAAAACACGGACCAAGAAACGUCAACUUGAUAUGGAUUACCCUCCGGAAAUUUUAUACAAAAAGUCGUUCGCCGAUCUCCAAGCCGAACCCUUCGACCAGACUCCCCCUUCGCAAUCUGCUUCAGAGACACAAUCUACUCCCGAGAAAGGAAAAGAAGAAGGCAAAAUCUCAUUCCUUAUCAGACUCUCUGACCAAGAGCGCCAUGACUAUUUUGCAAAGCUCUCCAUGGAUGAGUGGGAAGACCACGGCGACCUACUCGUUGAAGAGUUUAGCAAAAUGAUGUUGAAAAUGAAAGAUCUGCGUCACGCCCGGCGGAAGACGGCAGCUUUAUUCGAGGGCGAGAUUAAGAGAAGACACAAUGUAGUCGAGGAGCUAUCUACUGAAUUGUCUACCAAGUUCGAAGAAAUGAGAGCCGGUGGCGCCGAAAUGCUACGUGGCCGUACACCUUGA